AUGGCGUCGACUGACUGGUGUGAUCUCCCAACUGACCUUCUGAAUUUGAUAUCGCAAAGAAUCGACGAUGAACUCGAUCUCAUUCAUUUUCGAUCGGUUUGUUCAACGUGGCGGCGCUGUUCCAUUUCAAAUCACCAUCCCAAUUCUACCCUAAAGGUUCCACGCCUCCGACUCUCAUAUAAUCUCUCUGAUACCAUCAACAACACCAACACUUCUCGGUUUUGCUGCCUCUUCAAACGCACUCUCUUUCUCAUCAAACCACUCCGACAUGGUAAGCCACUUCGUCCUUGGUUGAUUAGAGUUACCCAAAACUCACAUGGCAAAACCAGACUCUUCCACCUUCUCUUCAACUCAGUCUACUCUUCUCAUGGUUUUCCUCGUGUGCUUGACUUCAAUAAACUCUCCAUCCUCAAUUUAGGAACCGAUUUCAUCCGGAAAUACGGAGACAUUAAUCGUGGUAACUAUUUCUUCUACAACAAGAAGCGUGAAAAGUUCCUUGCAAUCACGUGCAAUGGAGAAAACCCUAUGGUUCUCGGCAUUUCGGAAUAUUUCCCCCAUCCUAUGCUGUUCUGUUACCUCAACAAAUUUUGGAAACCCAUUUCCGACAUGUCAACUAAAUAUGUAGAUAUUUGUGUGUUUAAAAGGAGGUUUUACUUGGUCGACAAAACUGGUCGGACAGUUACAAUUGAAUCGGACUCGAGUGUCCAGUUAGUGGAUAAUCCUUUUAUUCAUGGAGAUAGAAAAUUACUAGUGGAGAGUGAGGGUGCCUUGUUGUUGGUUAAUAUUUAUGAGAAUCUUAUGAAUUUUGAUGUGUUUAGACUUGACGAGAAGAAUAAAAGAUGGGUGAAGUUGAUGAGUUUAGGGGAUAGGGUUUUGUUCUUUGUGAAUGGAUGUUCAUUUUCUGCUUCAGCUUCGGAUUUGUGUGUUGCCAAAGGGAAUUGUGUCUUCUUUAUUGAUGAUGCAUACAAGAUAUGUACUUAUUUCCGUAAAUAUUGCGUUGGUCCAAGUCAGCAAUUGUCUGUGUCUGAAUAUCUCAGCUUAUUCUCGGCACCGGAGUGGAUUGUCAAAAGUUAA